GAUGUGGAGGGAGGAUGGAGGGCUGGAGGGAGUCACAUGGACCAAAACUUUCUGACUGAUGUCCACAAGACACUGUUGCUCGGGUUUUGCCCGUCUUACGUCCUGCUGCUGACCUUGGAGCUCGCAGUCAGUUAGCUAGUUCUCUAACUAGUUAACCUGGUUAGUUUGCUGGUCUGGAGUUUAUCUGUAGUUAGAGCUGUGUGUUUAUGGUGUUGCGUGUUGGAGAAGUUCAGCGUGUUUUCAGCAUGUUUAUAACUUUAAACUCAGCACGGACGGUUUAAAGCUGUGGUUUUCGAGCACGGGAAGGAUUCGCGGGACUGACUGGACGCUUUUACAGGCUGUAAGAGGAGUUAUAAUGACGGAGGAGGGUAAAGGAGAGCAGCGGGCUGAGAGCACGGAGAAGCAGCUGCGGCUGCGCGGCUGCGUGCUGGGGGAGCUGCUGAAGACUGAGCGGGACUAUGUGAACACACUGGAGUUUCUCUCGGUGUUUCUUCAUCGCCUCAACCAGUAUGCUGCAACGAAGAUCGAUAAGAACAUCACAGAAGAGACUGUUAAGGUGCUGUUCUCUAAUUUGGAGGAGAUCCUCUGUGUGCACAGGGAUUUUCUGGCCAUGGUGGAAGAGCUGCUCCAGCCGGACCCCCAUCCACACCAUGAAGUGGGAUACUGCUUUCUGCACUUUAGAGACAGGUUUCAGAUUUAUGAUGAGUACUGUGGAAACCACGAGAAGGCCCAGAGGCUGCUGCUGGAGCUCAAUAAGAUCAGGAGCGUUCGCACAUGUCUUCUGAACUGCAUGCUGCUGGGCGGACGGAAGAACACGGAGGUGCCGCUGGAGGGAUACCUGGUGGCUCCCAUCCAGAGGAUCUGCAAGUACCCCCUGCUGCUCAGAGAACUGCUGAAGAGAACACCAAAGAAGCACAAUGACUUCCCCCAGGUGCAGGAGGCCCUACAGGUGAUGAAGGCUGUGUGUUCCAGCAUCAAUGAAGCCAAGAGACAGAUGGAGAAACUGGAGGUGCUGGAGGAGUGGCAGUCUCACAUUGAGGGAUGGGAGGGCUCUAACAUCACGGACAGCUGCACAGAGAUGCUGAUGCAAGGCGUGCUGCUGAAGAUCUCUGCCGGAAACAUCCAGGAGCGGGUUUUCUUCCUUUUCGAUAACCUGCUGGUGUACUGCAAGAAGAAGAACAGGCGCUUGAAGAACAGUAAGGCCUCCACUGAAGGGCCUCGGUAUCAGUUCCGGGGCCGAAUCAACACUGAGGUGAUGGAGGUGGAAAAUGUGGAUGAUGGUACAGCGGACUACCACAGCAGUGGUAACAUCGUCAACAACGGCUGGAAAAUUCACAACACGGCAAAGAACAAGUGGUUUGUGUGCAUGGCCAAGACACCUGAGGAGAAGCAGGAGUGGCUGGAGGCCAUUCUGAAGGAGCGUGAGAGGAGGAAAACUCUGCGGCUGGGGAUGGAGCAGGACACCUGGGUGAUGAUUUCGGAAAAGGGAGAGAAGCUCUAUAACCUCAUGAGCAAACAGGGCCACCUCAUUAAAGACCGCAAGCGCAAACUCACCACCUUCCCCAAGUGCUUCCUGGGCAGUGAAUUUGUGGCCUGGCUGAUGGAGAUCGGAGAGACCGAUAAUCCAGAAGAAGGAGUUCAUCUGGGUCAGGCUCUGCUGGAGAACGGCAUCAUCCACCACGUCACAGAUAAGCACCAGUUUAAGCCUGAGCCGGUGCUGUACCGGUUCCGCUUUGACGACGGCACGUACCAUCCUCGCAGCGACAUGCAGGAUGUCAUCUCCAAGGGUGUUAGGCUGUUCUGUCGGCUCCACAGCCUCUUCACGCCAGUGAUCAGGGAUAAAGACUACCACUUAAGAACAUACAAAUCUGUGGUGAUGGCCAACAAAUUGAUCGACUGGCUCAUAGCACAGGGUGACUGUAGAACGAGAGAGGAGGCGCUGAUUUUGGGGGUGGAGCUCUGCGACAAUGGAUUCAUGCAUCAUGUGCUUGAGAAGAGCGAGUUCAAGGACGAGCCGCUUUUGUUCCGCUUCUUCGCUGAUGAGGAGAUGGAGGGAUCCAACACCAAGCACAAGCCCAUGAAGCACGAUCUGAAAAUAGUGGAGAACGUCAUCGCAAAAUCUCUGCUGAUAAGGCCCAGUGAUGGUGGAUAUGGUUUCACCCUGGAAGAUCGCAACAGAGUUCCCAUCAUCAAAUCAGUGGAGAAAGGCUCCCAUGCAGAGAUGGCCGGAAUUGAGGUUGGGAAAAAAGUAUUCGCCAUUAAUGGUGACCUGGUGUUUCUGAGGCCGUUCCAUGAAGUGGAGAGUUUUCUCAAGCAGUGUUUCAACAGCAAGGGACCACUCAGAGUGCUGGUCAGCACCAAACCCAGAGAGACAGUGAAGAUUCUGGACUCAGCAGAUGGUUUAGGUUUCCAGAUCCGUGGCUUUGGACCAUCUGUGGUACACGCAGUGGGCAGAGGCACAGUUGCGGCCGUGGCCGGACUGCACCCGGGUCAGUGCAUCAUCAAGGUCAACGGCAUCAAUGUGAGCAAGGAGAGUCAUGCCAGCGUGAUCGCCCAUGUCACCGCCUGCAGGAAAUACCGCAGACCCACUCAGCAAGACUCCAUAAAGUGGGUCUAUAAUAACAAUGAGAGCGCCCAAGAGGAGCACCAGAAGGCCAACCAAAAGCCCAGCUCAGAGGAAAACGGGGAAGUGUUUGACUGUAAAGUGGAAGAGGUGAUGGACAAGUUUAACACGAUAGCUAUGAUUGAUGGGAAGAAGGAUCACGUGAGCCUGACAGUGGAUAACGUGCAUCUGGAGUACGGCGUGGCGUACGAGUAUGACAGCACUGCUGGUAUCAAGUGCCACGUGCUGGAGAAAAUGGUGGAGCCCAAAGGCUUCUUCAGUCUCACAGCCAAGAUUCUGGAAGCCCUGGCGAGGAACGAUGAGGCUUUGGUGCAGACGUGUAGCCGGAUAAACUCCAGUACGGAGCUUAUCCCAGAGGACCUGCAGGUCAGGUUCAGCUCCAUGUGCAGCGAGAGGUUGGAGCACAUCAACCGCCGCAUCACCAACUACAGGAAGUUUUCGAGAGUGCUGAAGAACCGGGCCUGGCCCACGUUUAAACAGGCAAAGACCAAGGUGUCUCCCCUCCACAGCAGUGAUUUCUGCCCCACCAACUGCCACAUUAACAUGAUGGAGGUGUCCUACCCAAAGACCACCACAUCUCUGGGCAGCGCCUUUGGUGUCCAGCUAGACAACAGGAAGAACUCCACUCUGGAGAACGGAAGCCGCAGCACAGAGCAGGGUAAGCUAAACCCCAUGGUGUACGUUCAGCACUGUAUCGGCAGUAUGGCAGCUCCUUCGGGUCACAGCCUGGGCCGGACAGAGGGACACGGCCUUCGCUUCCUGCUGCGGGAGGAUGAUCUGCUCACAGUGGACGCCUACCAUAAACUCCUCACCAAACUGAGCACUGUGGUAAAGGAGAUGGAGUGCUACACAUCUCAGAUUCACGAUUUUCUUGCCUCUAUCACUCACCCCAGCAGCAGUAGUGAGUUGAAGGCGGAGGGUGUGAUCAGUGCAGAGUGUGAUGGGGAGAAGCCAGAGAGGAGGAGAGUGUGUUUCAACAUGGGAGAGGAGCAAGACGAUUCAGGACACGACACCAUCAGCAAUCGAGAUUCAUACAGUGACUGUAACAGUAACAGAAACUCCAUAGCCUCCUUCACCAGCAUCUGCAGCAGCCACUGCAGCUCUUACGUCCACAGUGACGAGAUGGACUCAGGAGAUGAGAUGCCAGCGAGCAUGUGGAUAUCUCACGACAAGCAGAAGAAGCUCCACAGCUUCCUGGAGCAUCUGUUCAGCCAGGUGGAGUCCAUCACAAGCCUUCUAAAGGGGGUGUCGGUAGCUCGGGCCUUUGAACAGACAAAGUGUUUUACUCCAGGACGAGGACUGCAAGAGUUUCUAUUGGACCUGGAGCCGAAGCUGAACUGCACAAAGAAGCUGCGUCUUCACAUCAAACACGAUCCCUGGAACCUGCCGAGCAGCGUACACACACUGAUGCAUACACUCAGCAAGGCUGUGGAAGAGGUGAAGACGAGGUUGCUCUUGGUUUUACUCCAGUAUGCAGACUCAGAGUUGCAGUUGCGGAGGGACAUGGUGUUCACUCAGAGUCUGGUUGGAGCAGUGUGUUGUUUUUCGGAGCAGUUUCUGGCUGUGCUGAAUCAGACUCUGAGUGGAGAGAGUGAAGGACAGGAGAGCGCUCGCCGCUGGCUCGACCAGAUCUCCUCCACCGGCCUCCUCCUACACUUCCAGUCCCUACUCUCACCCAACCUGACAGAUGAGCAGGCCAUGUUGGAGGACACUCAGGUGGCUCUGCUGGACCUGGAGAAAGUCACCUUCUACUUCAGACAGUUCGACGGGGAGCCUCUUGUUGCAAACAUGCCUGUUUCCUACCAGGUGGAGGGUACGAGGCAAGCACUGAAGGUGUUUUUCUAUCUGGAGAGCUUCUACUUCCAGCAGCUGCCGCAGAGACUGAGACAUGGAGGAGGCUUCAAGAUUUACCCCGUCCUUUUCACUCAAGCUCUGGAGAGCAUGGAGGGCUAUUACUACAGAGACAGUGUUUCUGUGGAGGAACACCAGGCUCAGAUUAAUGCAGCCUCCCUGGAGAAGGUCAAACAGUACUACAAAAGACUCAGGGCCUUUUAUCUGGACAAGUCCAACCUGAACCCGAGUCCUGCUCCAAAGGCUGCUUUCAUAGACAAGCUCCUGCGUCCUCUGAACGCUGUAGAUGAGCUCUACAGGUUGAUGGAGGGUUUUGUGUGCUCUGGGCGGACAGCUACGUGUGGAGCGUCUGGGGUGGGUCUGAUUUCUGUAGCCUCAGAGCUCUGCAGCCGCCUGGGGGCCGUACACAUCGUCCUGUGUAACAGCGGAGUGCACCGGUGUACUCUGAGUGUGACGCUAGAGCAGGCCCUUCUCCUCGCCCGCAGUCACGGCCUGCCGCCCCGCUGCAUCAUGCAGGCCACUGACGUCAUGAGGAAACAGGGGGCCAGAGUGCAGAACUCUGCUAAAAACCUUGGUGUGAGAGACCGCACCCCAUCUUCAGUGCCAAGAUUGUAUAAACUGUGCCAGCCUCCACCCCCGGAUGGAGACCCAUGAACCCGAUCAACCUGAAUAAUUUACACACAAACACAUACACACACACACACACACACACACACCUCCUAAGGGGACCGUCUGGAAGUCCACCCACUCUCACAGUUCGCAGGACCUGCCGUGCCAUGUUUCAGUGCGAAAGAGUUUUUAGUGUAUAUAUAUAUUGAAUUUUACAUUGUUCUCAUUAUAGCUUCAUAAAGCCUGUGUUUUAUUCUCAUUUCUGUUUUGUUGUUGAUGUUGUUGCUUUGUUGCUUUGUAUUCACUUAUUACAAAUGUGCAUCUCAUUUUGGACUGAAACUCAAAAGAAACAGGUCGUCUCUGUCUCUAGGCUGCUGUCAGAACCUCACAGUCCGUCAGACUACAGUGAACAGAAUAAUGCAUUUCAUUUACUUGAUUCAUGUGUGUGUUCAUAUAUUUCAUAUAAGAGAAAUGAGAAAUACCCGUAUAUUUUCCUUUAGAUGUUUUAAGCACUUCAAGAGUUUUAUUUUCUAUGUCUAUUCAGUAAAAUAUGUGCAUUUUAUACAGUAGUUUUUUAUAUAUUAGUGUCAAAUGUAAAAAAAAAAAAAGUGUAUGGACCACCACUGUCUUUUAGCCACACCACACACAGAGUUUGUUGAAGAAGGUUAAGAAAUUAGUCUAGGCUAACAGGCUAACAGUACGUGUCCACUAGCACUUAAUCCUCAAUGCAAUAUAUUCAUUUUAAGGCUUGGUUGCGUUGCAUUGGACGCAGCCUUGCCGUUCAGCAGAGCUCAACUUUACUCAAAUGAAUAUGGCUGCUGCUCUGAGUCCAGCCUGAGUAGACUAUGACCAUAAUGUCACACACACAGAACAGGCGCCUUUCUACCACACAAGCAAAGUUGAAAACAGCAGAAUAUAGAUUAAUAGACCUGUAUAUAACAAUUAGGUUGAUUAAAAAGCUUCAACUUAGGAUUGUCUACACUGUAAACCCGGAUAAGUUGAAUUUACUUUAAAAAUUUGAGGAAACCGGUUGCCAUAAAAAUGUUAAGUAAUGGGUUAAGAAAACUUAAGUUAGCAUAACUUAGAACAUCAAGUUAUUACAACUAAAGGAGACGUUGAUUUAACUUUUUUAUUUUUGUUAUACUGUAAGACUGCACCGUAAAACCCGAUAAGUUGACUAAACUCAAAACUUUUGUUGUAACUGAUUACCUAAUCAAUUUUAAGUUCAUGUAAUAUAAUUUUUAAGUACAGUGAACUUAACAAAUACAUAUACAUUUAAAAUGAAUAUUUUCCUGAACUUCUUUUUAGUCUUCUUUCUGGUUUCAUUCAACUAUUUUUUUAAAUACUCAUAGAAAAGUAGAUGAAAUAAAACAGUAAAGUAUUAAAAGUACUGAGAGCACAGUGAGAACACAGAGUUACUGCAGCUCAGUAAAUGAUGCUUGUUCUACAGCCCACAACACAGAGACCAAGUAUUUAAUUAUAAUAUAUGAUCUACAAGUUUACCUAAGGAAGCCCCGGGUGAAUCACUACACACUGAUGGUGAGUGUUUGUCAGAAACUGUUGGACACACCCAGUAUGCAAAUCAAUUGUGACAGAAGCCAAUGGAAAAGAAGCUGUUAAUGGCAACAUACUAUUGUUUAGAAAUCUCUAAUUUUAUGUAAAACAGACUUAAUUUAUUUGAGUUCAAACAAUUUCUGGGUUUACAGUGUACUUAAUUUGCGUCAUUUGAAUUCAGAAAUGUCACAGACUGAUCUGGCAUGGCAAAACGAGUUGAAGAAAAGUGCUAGAGGACAAAUAGUGUAAACUAAUUACACAUUGUAUUUAAUAACACAUUGUACCUGCAUUCCAAAGCCUAGGCAGCAGUCUAGGUAGCAUGCUCCAAUGCUCCAAAAGGACAUGGGAUACGUAAGGCAGCCAUAAUGCAUACGAUCACUUGCAAACAACACAUAGUGACCUUAAUUUUAAUUUCUUUACAAAAAUAAAUACAUUGUCUGCUAUCUUCUUCUUUUUUAUCUUCACGUUGCACAUGUACAGAGAAUAGUUUGCAUCCUCCAAAACACUCUUAUGUCAGCUGCAUUUCUCAGCUGUAUACAAAAAAGGUCCUUCUAUGAUUUAGAGGCCAAGAAUUGUAGCCCAACUUGGCUGAAGCCUAAGCUUUGGAAUGCAGCUAAUAUGGCCAAAAAUACCAUAUUACAAUACCUUAAAUUAAGUAAAAAAAUCUUAUAAUUUCUACAUAUUCACACCUGAUUCCCACAUACAGCCUUAGAAUGGGCUUCUUAAAGGUUUCCAUGAUUGAUAAUGAUAGAAACUGUGGCAACUCAAAAUAGCACUUGAAUGCGUAAAUGUGUGUUUGCAUAGUUAAAUGGUUCUUCUCAACAGAACCAGAUAGAGAGCACAUGUUUUAUGGGGUGCCUGAAUGGUUUUAUAUAGCGCCAAAAAGGGUUUCCAUGUUGUUACGGAUCAGUCCGUGCACACGAUUUCGUACUAUAGCGUUAAAUGUGUGUGGUUAUAUAUGUUAUUCAUGUGGAAAAGAGUGGAUCAAGUCAGUUCAGUGCAUUGUGUUUUUUUUUCAUGUGUACAAUUUUAAAUUCCCCUUUUUAAUGUAAAACAAAAAAGUAAGUUUUUAUGAGUUUCUGUAGAUUUUUCUUUCUUUUUUGUACAUGAUAUGUUGUUGUACAUGAAAAGUAUAUAAAUAAGAAUAUGAACAGGUUUAAAGCCUUUAUAGCCUUACUAUAUAGCCUUUAUAGCCUUGCCUUCUACAGUCAUAUGUUAUGUUCUGAAAGUAAGUCUGUAUAGUGUAAUCGUUUUCUCUAGCUCGUCUAGAAGUGUUUAAAUGUUGAAUAGAGCUGAUUAACUCAUUCCUGCAUUAAGCUAAAUACAGUACGCUCUCAGUGAAUGGAUGAUAAUGUGCUGGAAAAAUGUGUGUCUAUAAUAAAAUACGAUGCCAUCAGUGUUACUGUUCUAAACAGGCCUCACGUAUGUAGCGCUUAUGAAUUAUGAAUCGGCUUAAAUAUUCAGUACUCAGGAGUAAUUCUAUAUGAUGUUAUGUCUUAAUGUUGCUUAGCACAACAGAGUAAAUCGAGUGAUUACUAUGCAAAUGAAGGGAGCAGAAAAAGAGUUGUACCAGCUGUCUUCGUGCCUGUAAAUGUCGUUUAUUAAUAAAACUCAGCGGUCGAGACAGUUUAUUACAGUACAGUGCCUCUACGUCGUGUCUUAUCCUUUGUGUUUAAUCACAGUGUCAGAAGUGUUAAACCAUUCGUACUGUACAGGAAUACUAACAGCAGCGUUGUUUUAAUGGAAACAGCACUAAUUUAUUAUGAUUAAACUGACUCAAUAUGAUAUAUAUCAUAAACAUGUCACAUUUUGGGUGAAUCUCCCUGUUGAAGUUGAAGUAUUCUGUAUUAUGAAUUGUGUACUAUGUCAAAUUGUAGUUAUCGGUUACUAUUAAAUAAAAGUUUUGGAAGUAUGUC